AUGUCGUCUUGCUUUCUCUUGAAGAUGCAGGGCGACAGCAUCGAGGGCAUUUACGACACCCUGAAGCAAUGUGCCUUGAUCUCCAAAUCCGCCGGGGGCAUCGGCGUGGCGAUCUCCAACAUCCGGGCCAGCGGCUCCUAUAUCCGUGGCACCAAUGGUCACAGCAAUGGCCUGGUGCCCAUGCUCAGGAACUUCAACGAAACGGCCCGGUACGUGGACCAGGGUGGAGGCAAGAGGAAAGGCUCUUUCGCUAUGUACUUGGAGCCCUGGCACGCGGAUGUCAUGGACUUCCUUGAGCUUCGAAAGAAUCACGGCAAGGAGGAGCAGCGCGCCCGUGACCUUUUCUACGGCCUCUGGAUUCCCGACCUUUUCAUGAAGCGUGUGAAGGACAAUCAGGACUGGACCCUCUUCUGCCCCAACGAGGCCUUCGACAAGUCCACGGGCAAAGGCCUCAUGGAUGUUUGGGGGGAGGAGUUCGAGACGAUGUACACGCGCCUGGAGCAAGAGGGCAAGGGCCGGAAGACCGUGAAGGUUGUGACAAAGAACCUGAACAAGGUGAUCGACCGUAACUACUAUCCAGUCCAGGCGGCCCGGAACUCGAACAUGAGGCACCGUCCCGUCGGUCUCGGCGUUCAGGGCCUUGCUGACGCCUUCCUGAUGAUGAAACUGCCCUUCGAAAGCGAGGAGGCGAAACGUCUGAAUGAGGACAUCUUUGAGACCAUCUACUUCGCGGCUUGCGAGGCUUCCUGCGAGCUUGCGGCUGCCCAGGGGCCUUAUGAGAGCUACGGCGGAAGUCCCGCCAGCAAGGGCAUUCUCCAGUUCGACAUGUGGCAGAAGACUCCCCGAAGCGGCCGAUGGGAUUGGCAGGGUCUGAAGAAGCAGAUCGCUCAGCAUGGUUUGAGGAACUCACUUCUCGUCGCCCCAAUGCCGACUGCCAGCACAGCGCAGAUCUUGGGCAACAACGAGUCGUUUGAGCCGUACACACAGAACCUCUAUGUUCGUCGGGUGCUCUCGGGUGAGUUCGUGCAGGUGAAUCGGCACCUCCUCCGUGACCUCAUCGCCCGGGAUUUGUGGACCGAGGACGUGCGACUGAAGCUCAUUGCUCACAAUGGGAGCGUCCAGGCUAUGGACUUGCCAGAGGAUAUCAAGGAUCUCUACAAGACCGUCUGGGAGAUCCGGCAGCGUGCUGUCCUGGACAUGGCGGCUGACCGCGGGGCUUACAUCGAUCAGUCACAAUCCUUGAACAUCCAUAUGGUGGACGUCACAACUGCCAAGCUCUCGUCGAUGCACUUCCACGGAUGGAACCUGGGCUUGAAGACCGGUCUCUACUACUUGAGGACGAAAGCCGCUGCAGACGCAAUCAAGUUUACCGUGGAUGUUGAAACGCUGAAGCAGCGCUCAAGCUCCGACUCUGAAGGAACGAAGGUGCAGAAGACGGCCAUCGAGCAGCUGAAAGCCGAGGGUCCAAAGUAUCAAUGCGAAAACUGCAGUGCUUGA